AUGGCAUCUCGACCCCAGAACAUUGGCAUCAAGGCCAUCGAAAUCUACUUCCCGAGCCAGUGUGUCGACCAGGCUGAGCUGGAAAAGUUCGAUGGCGUUAGCCAAGGGAAAUACACAAUCGGUCUUGGACAGACCAAAAUGAGCUUCUGCGAUGAUCGAGAAGACAUCUACUCCUUCGCCCUGACAACAGUUUCAACCCUUCUCCGCAAAUACUCCAUAGAUCCCAAGUCCAUCGGCCGCCUAGAGGUCGGCACAGAGACGCUUCUUGACAAAUCCAAAUCGGUCAAGUCAGUCCUUAUGCAACUGUUCCAAGAUGUCGGCAACACCAACAUUGAAGGAGUGGACACUGUCAACGCUUGUUAUGGGGGCACUAACGCGCUUUUCAACGCCAUCAACUGGGUAGAAUCCUCUGCGUGGGAUGGACGCGACGCUAUCGUUUGCGCUGGAGAUAUCGCUCUCUACAAGAAGGGAAACGCUCGUCCUACAGGUGGUGCCGGCUGUGUUGCUAUGCUAGUAGGUCCUGAUGCGCCUCUUGCCUUCGAGCCAGGCAAGCGGGGUACCUACAUGCAGCAUGCGUACGACUUCUACAAGCCAGAUCUGACCUCCGAGUAUCCCGUUGUGGAUGGCCACUUCUCCGUCAGUUGUUACACUGAAGCAGUGGACGCUUGCUACAAGGCGUACAACGAACGCGAAGCGUCUUUACAAAAGAGCGGGAUUGCAAACGGAGUCCAUAACACACCAGAAGAUGUCACCCCACUUGACCGUUUCGACCAUGUGCUUUUCCAUUCUCCAACGUGUAAGCUGGUUGCUAAAUCCUACGCCCGUUUGCUUUACAACGAUUACCGAGUCAAUCCGGAAAAUCCAACGUUCGAGUCAGUGCCGAAGGAGCUUCGAGACUUGAGCUAUGAGGAAUCGCUGACCGACAAGACCGUUGAGAAAACUUUCAUGGCUCUUAGCAAGAAGAAGUUCCAGACGAGAGUGCAGCCUGGUGUUCAAGUGCCUACGAUGUGCGGCAACAUGUACUGUGCUAGCGUUUACGGUUCUCUGGUCGCUCUACUGAGCAACGCACCUCGCGAGGGGUUCACAGGCAGACGCGUUGGUAUUUUCAGUUACGGAAGCGGCCUGGCUAGCUCUUUCUUCAGCUUGAAGGUUGUAGGGGACAUCAGCCCCAUGGUUAAGCAGCUCAACUUGCAUGAGAGGUUAGAUGCAAGAAGGACGGUGCCCCCUGAGACGUAUGAUGAGAUGUGCCUACUUCGAGAAAAGGCACAUCUGCAAAAGGGCUACACGCCCAAGGGCAACCCCGAGACCAUUACCAAGGGGACCUAUUAUUUGACCGAAGUCGAUGAGAUGUUCAAGCGAAAAUACGAAAUCAAAGCCUAG